GACCCCGAAAGGAUGAAAGGCAAAGUCGACCUCGGCGGAAUUUGAACUCAGAACGUAGCGGCAGACGAAAUACUGCUAAGCAUUUCGCCCGGCGUGCUAACGUUUCUGCCAGCUCGACGCCUUACGACAGUGAAAAUAUUGAUACGACAACUCAUUUCACAUUACAAUAAUGUUUUUCUAAAUUUUUGCAUAAGGCCAACGAUUUUGAUAGGAAGGGCAAAUCAAUCACAUCGACUCCACUGCUCAACAGGUACUUAUUUUAUCGACCCCGAAACGAUGAAAGAAUAAACAGCAGUGUCAUCGAAACUUAGAACUUAACGCUGGAUAUAUAGCACAAGUAAUAAAAGCAACGUUUAUCUAUAGAGUCAGGCUAAUUUGAAGAGACCGUCUGGAUUAAAAUUAAUCUGUAGUUGAGCAUCAACGGGAAAAAUUAUCUUAUGGAAACUCAGAUUCGCUUCAAGGACCCAAGAUGAUGUUUUGAAAGACUUUUUUUUUCUAUGGAAAAGAGAUUACAUUUUAUAUUGUACUAUACCAUCAAAUACUGUAAGCCGACUUUCUGAAUUACUAACGAGUAUCUAAGUUGCUGGAGACAGGAAAACAACCGACAAGAAUCAGUGGAGGAUUUACCUGGAGUAUUUACCUGGAGCAUUUACCUGGAGGAUUUACCUGGAGAUGAACAGUAAUGAUAAAGACACAAUGGAGAAAGAAACAACACAGACAAUGCGUAUUGACAGAAGGCCUAUAGACCGUGGAUGGGCGUGGGUUGUCUUGACAGCUACCACAUUAUUAAUGUUGAUUGUGAUUGGUAAUGCCCGGAGCUUUGGCAUCUUUUUAUUGGAAAUUCAGCAUUUAUUCAGUGCGUCAUCAUCGGCCAUAUCAAUAAUUCUCAGUACAGAAUAUGUUGCAAAUUGUAUAACAGGAUUUGCAGCAAUGAACCUUCUGGCAAAAUUCAUCUCAUUCAGGACAUUCGUCAUUUGUGGCUGUACUCUCUGUUCAUUAACUUUCAUCUUUGAUUCUAUUUCAAAAGAUGUAUUCGUAAUACCCUUCAUCCAUUUACUUAAUGGUGCGGGACUUGCUUUUAUAUACGGAUCUUGCAUCGUUAUGCAGAGUACCUACUUUAACCGCUACCUUGGCACAGCAAAUGCGAUAUCUGCUUGUGGUGUUAGCGUCGGACAGUUCACUCUUCCGUAUUUACUCAACUAUCUUAUAGUAACCUACGGAGUCCGCGGAGCUCUUCUUCUGAAUGCUGGUAUUUUUCUACAAUGCCUUGUUUUUGGAGCCCUUCUACGCCCCAUCAGUUACUAUGACACAACAACACGUUCGAAAGUCACCAGUUCUACCGAUGUAGAACUAAAUGAAAGAAAUACGACUGCUAAAGAGGAAAAACAAACCGAAUCGAUAAAACUAGAAUCAGAUGAUGACGGAAAAAUCUCUCCGUUUUUGACAGACUCAAAAGAAAGAGAUAGCUUGAAAUCAGUAGGAUCAAAAGAGUCGACUAUGGACUCACCUUUGUCGUCUCUUGUAACUAAAGAACGAACCGAUUUAAAAGACGGUGGCAAAAAUGCUUAUUCAACCGAAAACUCUUCUGGUACGAUGAAGAAUCGCAGCGUUGAAACUGAUACCAAACCGCUUUUAGUACGAACAUUAGUUGGACUUAGAAGAAAUUUUCGUAAACUUUUGGAAGCUCCAGAUUUUACUCUGUUCAGGGAAAAAAAAUUCAUCUCAGUAUACAUUGGAACAAUUCUUGGGACUGCAGCUUCCUCCAUGCCACAAGCAUUUUUCCCAGCUCAUGCGGUAGACUUAGACAUGUCCUCUGAGGACGGAGUUAUUUUUCUUACAGUUGGUGGGGUGGCCGAUUUUGUGGGUCGUCUGCUCAUGGUUCUCUUAGCUGACCGAAAAUUUUUGAACCGAGCUCAACUGCUUGGCGUUACCCUCAUCACUCAUGGAGUAGCUGCUUGCUUUGUAUCAUUCUAUACCAAAUUCUUUCUGUUCGCAAUGUAUUGCGCUUGCUAUGGAAUCUCCAGUGGUAUAUAUUUUUCCAUCUCGAACACGGUGAUGGUGGAUUUUAUUGGAUCUCAAAGAAUGUCGGAUGCAAUCGGCUUGAUGAUAUUAGGCUCAGGAAUAAUUGGAACAAUAAGUUUUCCAUUUACAGGUUACCUUCGUGACGUCACUGGUUCUUACAAGUUUGGAUUCAUUCUGAACGGUGUCUGCCUUCUCAUAAGCGGUGCGUUGUUUCUUGCGUCGACCUUUAUAAUCGUUUAAGAAACAUUGAUGGAAGAGCUGUGAUUGUUGUCAUCAACAUGGUCAAUAUCAGUUGUAUCACUAUUGACAGAUUCCACAACACUGAAGACAGC